AUGCGGAAUCUGCCGCACUAUGAGCCCUCGCAGACAAUACUGAACGCGGAACAGGCAGAGUUUGACAAUGAAAGCCUUACCAUAAACGACGCAAAAUUUGAGACAUAUCUGCAAACAAAGCGCUUGGGCGCUGAUAAUGUGUGCUCGGUGCUAGCAAAGCUGCUUAGCAUUGAAGAUGUGUCCACCAUGCAAUUGUAUGCGCAGUUAAUGCAGUCGGAUGUGCAUAUUAAUAAGAUGGGCAGAUUUGUCUAUAGCUUCCAGCUGAGUGCAACGCAAGUCAAUCCCGAAGAGGUGCUGGCGCCCUUUCUCGAUGAUGUGGUGUUAAUAUCUCAAGAAAGUUUAAUAGCAUCACCACUACCCAAACAGGCUGUCCUGGCAUUGCUGCCACACAAGCACGAAGCUCUGCCUAUAAAGGAUCCAUUGUGUCGUUAUAUUGCCAGUGUGGAUCAGGUAACACGCAAUCGCAUACAGUUCAAAUUCAAACGCGGCGCCUGGCCUGGUGAUGAGGCACUCAAGAAAAGCUUCUACGUGAUCUUGCGCUCACGGCGCACGCCUUUUCGCUUUAUGUAUCGCGCAAUGCAUUUGCUUCAGGAGAGCCCCGAGCUGCGUUCUUAUUUGUUUCCCAGCAAAGACCAACAGAGCAGCUACACAUCAAGGAUAUUACCUGCUGUUGAAUUGUUCAACAAGAGCAUUUCAAAUAAUUUGGAGCAGUUGCAGGCAGUGCAGCAGCUGGUGCAUGGCCCUAGCAGCCAGGCGCCCUACAUAGUGUUUGGACCACCCGGCACCGGCAAGACCACUACCAUUGUCGAGGCCAUAUUACAGUUGCGACUUCAGCAACCUCGAAGUCGCAUUCUUGUUACCGCCGGUUCAAACUCAGCCUGCGAUACCAUUGCCUUAAGAAUAUGCAACUAUUUUGAUACUAAUGAGCGCCUGCAGGCGCAUUUCGCAGCUCAGGCUUUGCAGUCACCCUUGAUCACGCAAGAUGUGCGUCAAGAUCAGCAGCUUAUGCGUCUUUUUUCCCGCUCCAUUUACGCAAAAGGCAUAAGCUCGGUGCCGAAGCUACUCUUGGAACAUUCCAAUUGCGCCAAAGGGGGCUAUGAUCAUCUGCGCGUCGACAAGCUAAGACAGUAUGGCAUCAUAGUGGCCACAUUGUGCACAGUGGGACGUUUGGUCACCGAUAAUUUGGGUAAAUUUAAUUUUUUUACCCAUGUCUUUAUUGAUGAGGCGGGUGCCUCCACCGAGCCCGAGUCGCUCAUUGGCAUUAUGGGCAUUAAACAACAUAAUGCCUGCCAUGUCAUACUUUCCGGCGAUCACAAGCAACUAGGCGCUGUUAUUAAGAACAAUCGCUGCGCUACACUGGGAUUGAACCAUUCGCUUAUGGAGCGACUGCUGCGCAGUGAAUUGUAUGCAUUGGAUGAGAAUGGCAAUUACGAUGUCAGGCUGCAGACGCGACUGCGUCGCAACUAUAGAUCGCAUCCAGAAAUUGUUGGACUUUACAACCAUCUGUAUUAUAAUGGGGAGCUUAUAGCUGAAGCGCCACCAGAGCAAGUUAAUCUGGCAGCCAACUGGCCCUUGUUGCCCAACACCAAGUUUCCAAUAAUAUUUCAGGCCACACAUGGGGUGACCAAACGUGAAAAAGACUCUACUAGCUCCUACAACGCCCUGGAGGCCCAAGUUCUUUGCUGGUAUGUCAAGCGUUUGCUGCAAGGUGGACUGGGCGGCGGCAUUAGCGUUAGUCAGCAAGAUAUUGGCGUGGUAGCGCCUUAUGUAGCACAAUGCAAGCUUAUCAAUGAGAUGUUGCGCCAACAAGGCUACAGCCAAGUGGAAGUGGGCAGCGUGGAGAACUAUCAGGGACGGGAGAAGACCAUAAUAAUAGCUACUCUGGUGCGCUCGUUUGCCAGCAUGGGCUUUAUGCGUAAUCCACGUCGGAUCAAUGUGUUGCUGUCGCGCGCCAAGUCCUUGAUGAUACUGAUUGGUAAUCCUGUAACGUUGCGCUAUCAUCGUGACAUUAAUUUCAUUAUAAACGAGUGCAAAUUGCAUGGCAACUACUUGUUUAAAAAGAAGCCUGGUGGUCUGCGACCAAACUUCCUGAGUGAUGUCAUUCUGGACGAAGAGGAGAUUGUAUUUGAUGAUGAAUUGGAGAAGGAUUUGCCUUGGUAUUGUAAAAUGCCGCAGGAUAUAAAUAAUCAUGGUAAGAUUAAGCUUUACGCUGAAGAUUUGCUUGUUUCUUCUGAUAGUGAUUCUACUUGGAAUUGA